UGUAUAUAUAAUAUGGCUGACGACUACGAUGAAGAAUUUGGAGAGGUGCAAUAUUUAAAAAAAUAGUUAGCUUGGAUUGGUGAUUGGUGAUUUCAAUAUUCCAUCAAGAGCAUCUGAUUUGCCCCCUUAAUUCAAGGAUCUUUUAGUCCCCAAUAAAGUGUAAUAUGUAUUUUGCACAGGAAACAUUGGGAAUAGAGAAACUACAGAUUGGGUAAAGACAUUAUCUGGAAAUACCCAUUUCGUCAAAGGGGACUUCGAUGAGUCUAAAGAUAUUCCUGAAACAAAAAUCAUAUAGAUUGGUUCAUGGAAAUUAGCUUUGGUUCAUGGUCAUCAAGUAAUACUAAAAAAAUCAUCUAUUAGAUUAUCCCUGCUGGAGAUGAUGAAUCAUUAUACACAUUCUUGAAAGAGAUGGAAGCAGAUGUGCUUAUUACAGGAUUUACUGGUGUUGCUAAAGUUUCGGCUGUGGAGAAAAAAUAUAUAAUUAAUCCUGGAUCAGUCACAGGUGGUUUUAAUGGAUAAUAAUAGUAAAAUAAAGAUAAUAUUUAGAUCUAUUCCAUCAUUUUUAAUUUUAGAAUUUAAAAAGGAAAAAAUUUAAGUUUUUAUUUAUACUCUAGAUGGAGAAGUAAAAAUAGAUAAGCAAGAGUUACCAUUAUAGAAAUGAAUCAAUUAAAUUAAG